AUGCCACGUAAACCUCCUAAGCUUCAGCAUAAUCGAGUGAAUCAUAAACGUGAAAAGAUGUUCAAUUCGAGGAUCAUCCGGACGGAAUUGAAUGAUCGUUCGUUUACUAAUCCGACCAUUGCCAAUACCAGCGUUAUCACAUUCAAUAGCAUGGGAAACAAGUUGGAUGCUCCAUCUUUUCUUAAAUCACGUGAAUUUGAGAUUAAAUCGUUGGAAAAAUCACAGCUCAAGUCGAAAUACUCCUCUUCUACCAGGGUUUUUCAAAGUUUACCCAGAGAACUUCGAAGAAGGACUGCUAGUCAUAAUGUUAGAAGAGUCCCUAAAAGAAUGAGACCCAGAGCUCUAAAAGAAAUGGGUCUUUCAUUGAAUACUAAGGAUAAAAAGGAAACCAAGGGAGUUUCAAAAAGUGGGAAACCAUUGAAGAAGGUGCACUCUCGUGGUCGAGAGUUGUAUCGAUUGAGGAGAAAGUCUCAGUUGUUGAAGUAUGCUGGCAAACAUAAAUUAUCAGGACAUUUAAUUGAUGGUUCACCCAUUGACAUCAAGAAAUUAGACUUGAGGAAUCGAUUGAAGAUGAUCAGAGCUCAAAUAGAGAAGAUUGAGUCUGAUAGAAUGAAAGUUGGGAAAAAGCCCAAUACUGAUGUCUCUGAUGAUGCUAAUACUUUACUAGUAAAGGAUAGAAGAGUUGCUAAACAGGCUGUUAUAACUAUCAACAAUUUGACUGGUGCAUACGAUAAUACCAGCGUUAAUGAGAGCUCUGGUAUCCACCGCAUCAGUUCAUUGAAGUAUGCGACUCGUCAAACCAAGUUUAAAUGGUUACCUACACAUGUGUGGCAUGCUAAGAGAGCUAAGAUGGUGAAACGAUGGGGAUGGAAUUUGGUGAAUCAGCCAACUAUGAAAUGUUUUCGAAAAACUAGUAGAAGUUGGAGGGUUAAAGGAUGCAUUGCUUGGGAUACUUCAUACUUCAACACCAUCAUAUUGAACUGUGCUUCUUCCGAUUUACAUGCUUUUGAGAUCCUGAAAGAUAUCUACUCUCAUUUAUCUUGUGGGAAAGCCCUAAAAACAAAUUACAUUUCCGGAUAUAAGGCUUGGGAAGGAUUCAUUCACAUAAAUGAAGAACCCGUUUGCGUUGGAAGUCUUUUAUGGAUUAGAGGAGAACUUUCUGUUCGUUUGGUAGUUCGAUUUCAUCCCUCAGUAUACGAACUUGUGCUCAACAGCCUUUUAGAAGAGGUUAGACCAUACGAUGCUAUUAGUCUUCAUGACUGCAGAUACUCCAUUGGUUCAAUUACGGUGGCGGGUCCCAAAGCUUUGUAUGCACUUCAGGCUAUCAUCCAUUGUCCAGUCAAAAAAUGUCCGCAGUAUCAGCUAUGGAAGGUAUUUUCUCAGAUGAAUGAUGUUAAUACUAUUCCAUCUGGAAGCUGCUUUUCUUUUGAGAUUGAUGACCCGAGAUUGUGGAAUCAGCACGUUACACCACAUGCUUUCAAGGAAGCAAAUGUUGUGUUAGAAUCUUUAUGUGAUCUUCAAACUGGUAAUGCUGUCAAUAAGGAUGUCUUGGACAAGCUCUUUUCCAUCGAGGGUAGAAUUAAUUGUUACAAAAAUCAACAGUCACUCAAACAAUUGGGUAAGAGAAGAACGCCUGAAAGGUCUGGAAAGCCCAUUCCUAGAACAGAUGCCGAUCCUACCAUACCAAUAUGUAUUAUUAAGCAUUCAAAUGGUUACAAUAUUUUGCUUCCAUGGUUCUGGGUGAUGCCCGUAUGGUACCAAUUGGUCCACGUUCCUCAUUUAAUGAUUGGUGGUAUGAAACAGAUGAAUCAAUUUGCGUAUGAGAAGAGCCAGCUUAGCUUUGAGGAUUUGAUUUUCACCAGACAAGGUUUUAUCAAUGGGCGUAUUAAAAUGGAGCAGUGUUCGCAUGAGUGGAAUAGAAAGCCGAAGAGUAAACGUGUUCAGUACGAUGCGUUGAAUUUGGGUAGUGAAACAGGUGAAAAGUUAUCUCCUUUCGGUUGUGACUGGAGAUCAUUUCAAGUUCUACGCUACGCAUUGAACAAGGUUCCAAAAGAUGCAGAUAAUAGUCAAGUUUUUCCAAGUGAGUUUGAUGAAAUGCUCAACAGAGUCAUCAAGAAUAAAUUUGAUGCCUUUGAGAUUGUUAAGGAUAUCAAAAAAUCAGAUAAGGGACUUAGCCUUUUAGGAAGGUCAGUGUUUGAAAAACUUCCAGUUAGAUUAGACAGAGAAAAUGAGACCGUUGUGGAAUUGGCUAAGGCUGAAUCAUACGAAAUCACGUCGAAGGGAUUGCCUCAACUACAAGUGAGAGCAAUUGCAUUCGAGUGUUGCAGUAGAGGCCAUAUUACAGACAAUGCAAGGAUCUAUCAGAUACCCGAAUCUCAAAAAAGUUACUGGAUCUCGUUUGGACGUAAAGUCUGCAAAGAUGUUCGCGGUAGAAAUAUGUCCACGAAUCAAUUGGGGGUUCCGGGGAGUGAGUUUAUCGUGGGCCUCAGCACCAGCGCCACGAUCAAUUUGGUCAGAGGUUGUAGUACAGGAGUUGGAUUUAUCGAUGCUUCCUCUCGCCUUUGCGAGUACCUUCUUGUUAGAAACGUUGGCUCGGAUAUUUGCCAAGUCUGUACGUGGCAUUACAUAGUACUCAGAUAG